CGACUUAUAAAAGUUAUAUUCGUACUGUGAUGUCUGUUUUUUACAUUAAUCGAGUCUGGCUGAAGCAAGUUUUUGCAUGAAUCGCUGCAUUUUUUGUUGAUGAGGACAUCUUUUGAAAUUGGUCAUAUAACGCUAGCUGUAAAUAUUUGUGUAUUUAUACUUUGAGAUUUUUCGGUAUAAAUAGCAACACAUUCCAAGCAAUACUCAGUCAAGUGCAACGACUUGGAAAACAAGCGCAAAGGAUUACAUUACAGUUUAUCUGGCAAAAUUCAAAACCAAACAAGUGAAAAAAAUGAAAUACCAAAUUAUUUUGAUUGCCUUCUUCGCUGUAGCCUGCUUAGCCAUGCCAGCGCCAGAGGACGAUACACAAGCCGAGACAUUACGUUUGGAAAGUGAGAACAAUGGUGUGGACAAAUACUCAUUCUCUUAUGACACCAGUAAUGGCAUCUCACGCACUGAAGAAGGUGAACUGAAAACCAUUGAGGAUGGUGCCGCCAUAGUUGUAAAAGGUAGCACUCAAUGGACAGCUCCAAAUGGCAAGAAAUACGAAAUUGUAUUCAAUGCCGAUGAAACUGGCUACCAUCCAUCCUUCAAACUAGUCGCUUAAAAGCAAUUGAGAAUGUUUAUAUUAAUGAAAUUUAAAUGAAAAUAUUGUAAAUAAUAUUAAGUCAAAAAGAAACGCU